UUCUUACCCGGAUAGGGUUUCUGGGUUCUGAGUGUAGCUGUCCGAGUGUGUGGCUGCUGCACGUGGGGCGCGGACUGAGGGUGCUAAAAAAGGGGCGGCGCGUGGCAAGCUCAGUGGUCCGUUCGGUUGGGUUUUGAGUGCAGAACGAAUCUAUGGUGUCUGUAGUGGAUAAGAUUCCCGCCGCUGCCUCCCGGUGCUUCCCGGGGUGAUCUGUCACCAGGAACAGUCUGCUCACGGUGGGAACAUGAAUCUCUUACCUAAAAGCUCCAAGGAGUUUGGCUCUGCUGACUACUGGGAGAAGUUCUUCCAGCAGCGAGGAAAGAAAGCUUUCGAGUGGUAUGGAACCUAUCUGGAGCUGUGCGAGGUGCUGCACAAAUACAUCAAGCCCAAGGAAAAGGUGCUUGUGGUCGGAUGUGGCAACUCAGAGCUCAGUGAACAACUCUAUGACGUGGGCUAUCAGGAUAUCGUGAACAUUGACAUCAGCGAGGUUGUCAUCAAGCAAAUGAAAGAGCGCAAUGCCAGCAGACGGCCCCACAUGAGUUUCUUGAAGAUGGACAUGACCCGGAUGGAGUUUCCUGAUGCCACAUUCCAGGUGGUGUUGGACAAGGGCACGCUGGACGCUGUCCUGACAGAUGAGGAGGAGAAGACCCUGCGUCAGGUGGACAGGAUGCUGGCUGAGGUUGGCCGUGUCCUGCAGGUGGGCGGUCGCUACCUCUGCAUCUCCCUGGCUCAGGCUCACAUCCUGAAGAAAGCAGUGGGUCACUUCUCUCGGGAGGGGUGGAUGGUGAGGGUACACCAAGUGGCCAACAGCCAGGACCAGGUGUCUGAAGCAGAACCUCGGUUCUCCCUGCCUGUCUUUGCCUUCGUCAUGACCAAGUUCAGGCCGGUCCCCGACUCUGCUCUUCAGAUCUUUGAGCUGUGUACUCAGGAGCAGGGCAAGCCUGUACGGCUGGAGAGUGCCGAUCGGCUGGCAGAGGCUGUGAGGGAGCGGCAGCAGUAUGCUUGGCUGUGUAGUCAGCUGCGCCGCAGAGCCGGGCUGGGGAGUGUGUCCCUGGACUUGUGCAGUGGGGACACGGGGGAGCCACGCUACACCCUCCACGUGGUGGACAACCCCGCUGUGAAACCUUCGAGGGACAAUCAUUUUGCCAUUUUCAUCAUACCCCAGGGUCGCGAGACUGAAUGGCUCUUUGGCAUGGAGGAGGGCCGGAAGCAGCUGGCAGCCAGUGCGGGCUUCAGGAGGUUGGUCACAGUGGCUCUUCACCGAGGCCAGCAGUAUGCUGGCAUGGAAAGCAUUCAAGCGGAGCUGUCAACCAGAGUCAUGGAGUUGGCCCCACCUGGGAUCCCUCCCCAGCAGCAGGUGCCCUUCCUGUCUGUGGGCGGGGACAUUGGGGUCCGGACCGUUCAGCACCAAGCCCACAGUGCCUUGAGUGGUGACUAUGUUAUUGAGGAUGUGCAAGGGGAAGGUAGGCGGUACUUUCGGCGGCUCAUCUUCCUCAGCAACAGGAACGUGGUGCAGUCGGAAGCCAGGCUGCUGAAGGAUAUGUCUCACAGAGCCCAGAAGAAACGGAAAAAGGACAAGAAGAAACAGCGAGCUGCUAUUUCUGAGGACUUCCCGCCUGCCCCGGGGCAGUCCAUCGAUAAGAGUUACCUCUGUUGUGAACACCACAAAGCCAUGAUUGCUGGCCUUGCCCUGCUGAGAAACCCACAGCUGCUCCUAGAGACUCCACUGGCAUUGUUGGUGGUGGGCUUGGGUGGGGGUAGCCUUCCCCUCUUCAUUCAUGAUCAUUUCCCGAAGUCCCGUAUCGAUGCUGUUGAGAUUGACCCCUCCAUGUUGGAAGUGGCCACACAGUGGUUUGGCUUCUCACAGAGCGACCGCAUGAAGGUUCACAUUGCAGACGGCCUUGACUACAUUACCAGCCUGGCAGGAGAAGAAGCCCGACCUCACUAUGAUGUGAUAAUGUUUGAUGUAGACAGUAAGGAUCCAACGCUGGGGAUGAGUUGUCCUCCCCCAGCGUUUGUGGACCAACAGUUCCUGCAGAAGGUCAAAAGCAUCCUGUCUCAUGAAGGUGUCUUCAUCCUUAACCUUGUGUGCCGGGACUUGGGGCUAAAGGACUCAGUGCUGGCUGGACUCAAGGAAGCCUUCCCUCUCCUGUAUGUCCGGCGAAUUGAAGGCGAGGUGAAUGAGAUCCUGUUUUGUCAGCUGCAUCUAGAACAGAAACUUGCUACCCCAGAGCUCCUGGAAAUGGCCCAGGCUUUGGAGCGGACCCUGAGGAAGCCUGGGCAGGGUUGGGAUGACACCUAUGUCCUGUCUGAUAUGCUGAAGACCGUGAAGAUUGUGUGAAUCCCGGGGCCAGGCAACUCAGCUUUCUGUUCAAACUGACGUGAGCUCCUGGGCUGCUGGAAGCUGAAGCAUGGUGCGCAGUGCUUUUAGACCACAAGUUUUUUCUUGGUCUCAUAAUCAGCUACAUGCUUCCCACCUUUUUGGAUGGGAGGCAGCACCUGGGUGAUUAUGAAAGCCAGGUGAUGGUAGUCCAGGCCUUUAAUCCCAGCACUUGAGAGGCAGAGGCAGAUGGAUCUUUAUAAGUUCAAGGCCAGUCUGGUCUACAGAGUGAGUUCAGGACAGCCAAGGCUACACGGUGAAACCCUGUUUUUGAAAAACAAAACAAAACAAAAAAGUCUGAUUGUGGGAGAAGGGUAGGGUUGGUCACCUCUACUUCCAGAGUCUGGGGGAAGACCAAGGGCAAGUUACAGUUGAGCAUUGUGGUACUGUGAUGUUUAACGUCCUUCCAAAGGUCAUUUGUUGAAAGCUGGCUCCCCAGCCCCUAUGGCUGGCUCCUUUGGAGAUGAUAGAACUUUUAGGAGGGACUUUGUAGGAGGAAAUUGGGUCACUAGUGUGCCCUUGAAGGGGCAGUUGGGACACGCCUUCCUCUUGGCCUUUUGGCUGCUAUCAAGUGAAGAACUCAUCCCCUUAUAUCUUUCCUUUCAUGAUGCCCUGCUUUACCACAGGCACAAGGACAGCUAAUGGGUCUGCUCACUGAUAGCCUGGAACCUCCACACUAGAAGCUAAAUAAACUUUCUUCCUUGAAAGUUGGUUUAUCUCAAGUAUUUUUAUAGUAACUGAAAGCAGUUUUCAGCUUUAUUUCCUACACAACAGAAAUUUGUACCACUGAAGAUCAAUGUGCUCCCCAGCUGCUGGCCUUGUGCUCAGUCCCUCAUCUGAGUCCUUGGACACUCACGAGCUUUUGCAGAGAAGGUUUUAUGCAUAAAGAGCCACUUCCUAUGCUCCAUCUUUCCCACUAAAGAAUGGUUUGCUUCUGGGCACAGUGCCACACGCCUUUAGUCCUAGCACUUGGGAGGCAGAGGCAGGUGGAUCUCCAUGAGUUUGAGGCCAGCCUGGUCUACAGAGAGAGUUGCAGUACAGCCAGGGCACAGAGAAACUUUUGUCUCAACAAACAAAACAAGAAUGAUCCGAUUUUGCAUUAAUGUCAGGCAAAUGACUCUGCAAAUUUUUAAAAACUUGAUUCUUUACAUACACAUAUAAUGUUCUUUGAUUAUAUUUCCCUACCCCAUUACUCUCUCAUCUUCGCCCCUCUUAACAAACUCAUUUUUCCUAACAAAACUUUUUUUUUUUUUUUUGGUAGAUUACUGCAUUUCAUUCGUGUUGCUUGUAUGACUAUGGUGGGGCUAUUUACUUGAGCAACAGCAACUUAGAGUGGCUACAGCACUGUGGAGUAUUAUUCCUACCCCAACCCCACAAACAUUAACUGGAUACCUUCUGGGAGGUGGUUGGGUCCUUAUAAGUCUUUCCCCUCUUUGUAAGAAUUGAGCCUAACUUUGGGUAUAACAGGUGCUGGGGAAGGAAAGUUGUGAACUUAAGACCAUUAACAAAUUGUGAAGGGAUUUAGGCCUAAAACAAAUGCUAAGGGAAGCAUCAUGCCAUGGCCUCUGUGGCUUUUGGAGCCCUGUAGGUCCUCAGGUAUCCCUAAUGUGCGUAGGUUUUUAUGAUGAGUCCUGUAAUUCAGAAAUCCAAAAAAUGGAUCUCACUGGCUAAAGCUGUUAUUAACAGAGUUAACAAUUGCUAAGAGAGUUAAGAGUUGUUAACAGUUAACAGACCAGAGAGCAGAGCGUCUCAUUCUGGUGAGCACCUGAUUAGUUUCUUACAUGUCCUAGCUUCUACAGGCCAACUGAAUUACAGGACUGUAUGGUAAUGUUUGAGUUGAUCUAAGCGUGGAGUAGCGCACCACAAGCAGCCCUAGGAAGCUGAUCUGGGCUGAUUUAAAGGUCACUGGAGUUGAAGUCUACUCUGGACACACUCUGGGAACCAGGAACAAGUUGCCAUCAUGGGUCAGCAUUUUUACUGGCUGGUUGUAUGUCAACUUGACAUAAGCUAAGAAUCAUCAGAAAGGAGCCUCUGUAGAGGAAAUGCUUCAAUGAGAUUCAGCUGGAAAGCAUUUUCUCAAUUAGUGCUCACUAGGGGAGGGCCCAGCCCAUUGUGGAUGGUGCCAUCCCUAGGGUGGUUGGCCUGGGUUCUAUAAGAAAGCGAGCCAGUGAACAACACCCCUCCAUGUUAGCUCCUGCCUCCAGGUUCCUGCCCUGUUUGAGUUCCUGUCCUGACUUCCUUUGGUGAUGAAGCAGCUAUGUGGAAGUUUAAGCUGAAUAAACCGUUUUCUC